UUCUCCAAUAUAAGUAACCUCUCCAUCUCUCCUCCAAAAUUCCGCCACGAUGCUCAAACAACUCACCUUCUACGCGCUCUUCGCGUGCCUCUUCCAGGGCUUCCUCUUCCUCAACCGCAACGACAUCAUCGCCGAGUACAAGCCCCUUCUAACAGAACGAGUCAACAACUACUCCGCCGAGUACGCCGAAGCGGCAGCAGAAUACACCUUGACGCUAGAGGAAAUUAAGAAUCAAACCUGGGCCACGGUCGCUUCCAUGAACACCCAGAUUGCUACCUUAAAACAGACCAUCGUGACCGCUCUAAAUGUGUCUAGCGACGACGACGCCGUCGUGGCUUGUUUGACCGCCCAGCAAACAGCCGCUAAUGCCUUGUCUUCGGUAGCUAUCAACUCAACGUGCUGGGUGGGAGUGUCGUACCCGGAUCUAGCCACAGCCAGGGACGCUCUGCAUCUGCUGGCCACGAUACCCAACGGUACCAUAGAGGCGUGCACCAGUCUCAAUCCUCUUCCUAGUCAGGAUGAGUUGUUCCUGGAUUGCAUUACCCACAAGAUCCUGGAUUUGGAUGAGUUGAAUGACGUUCUGACGGCGAACUUCACGACGGUGAAGACGGAGACGUUGGACACGAGUGUGGGAUGCUUGGCGGAUCAGAGUACUCUGGUUUCGGAGCAGAUUAAUGAGAUUGAUUUUGAGGUGACACUGUGUAUGUCAUGAUUAGUUACUGUGUGAUGAUUUUUGGUAAAUAAAAACUAUAACAAAAAAAAAAAA